GAAACAUGUCAGCUGUUUCAUUUUAUUUGUUAAGGAAACCCCAGAGUUGCUUACACUUUUGCAUGUCUUGUCCUACCUUUGCUUCAUAUCCUGCAGCCUAACUCAUAAUACCUUUGUCUUCAGUACUCCUAAUUUUAGGCCUAAAAUGGCUUUUUCUCAGCCCAGAUCCUUUGCUUCACUAAAAUCUAUAUUCUGUAAGCUAUGAUCUAGGAGCAAUUCUAUUUUUCUUAAUACCUUCUUGGCCUGCAACUGAUGCCAAAGCAGACCAAGCCAAGCACAAGCCCAGGAAAUAUUUGCCCAUUGGAGUAAAGCAGGCAAAGCUUUUCCUUGGCUGCAAGCCCCACGUACCUGACCUAGCGGCCCAUCUCAGAUCUCUAAGCUCGCCCUUCUGGAGGCUACAGUAGCUAAACAGGUGCUUGUACAUCCGUACCCUGUUUUCAUAGACACGGGCCCCAGCCGAGGAGUGCCUGACAGUGAGCAUGAGUCCAGCAGUUACCAUCAGGCACCCGAGACCAGCUGAAGUCAGGUGCUGCCAGGUUUCUUUUCUCUGGCCUGCUUGCUGGCAGGUGCAGUGUGAAACAUUGCUGAGCCCACUACCCUCAUCCUCCACAUGAUGGAGAGUCCCAGCUCUGGGGGGCUUCAGUGUCUCCAGCCUACCCAUGUGGGCACUUUCUUAGCCCAUUCUGCUCCUGGCACUGCUGCUUGUCCAGAGCCAAGAGUGGGAGAGGCCUGCACUGCUGGUUCAGUGUCUGAGCUGCGACCAGUCAUCCUGCGGUGAUAGGAGGCCCAGGACUGUGCAAGACCUGGCUGGCUCUUCUAGGACUCCUUCACAGUACAGUUCCCCACAUAUGGAUCCUGGGGUCUAGCACCCCAACCUAGGCCAUAGCAGACAGCCAUGCUGUGGCUCUGUUGGCAGCUUCUUCAGCGCAAUUUAUUCCCACACACAAAGAAACUGAAGUCCAACAAAAAAUGACAAACAGGUGUCCCUGUCCUCCCUUUCUCUGUCCCAGGAGGGGCCUGGGCCCAUUGUCAGCCUCCCUGUCCCCCAGAUUCCCUCCUUUCCUCUUCCCUCCCUGCCCUGCUGAAGCUCUCGCAAGUCUUCCACCCGGGACCCCAGUCCAGGCAGUGGGUCCCUCUCACCUGCUGUCUGCACCUUUUCCAGAUCAACGCUGGCUGCAGCCUGGUUCUUCUGCCCAGGUGCUUUAAGGGGCAGCCACUCUACUCCCCCUUGUCACCAAGAUUGGGGACAGAGAAACUCUUAUGCAGCUGGGCUCCCUCUACCCCCAACAGAUUUUGGAGGCCCGGGAGCAGUGGGUGACAGUAAACGUGCAAGACUCCAGGCCCGGUACCCAUGAGUCAUCUAGGCCGGCCUUCUCCAUCCCCUGCACGCGGGGCAGUGGGGCAUGGGCUGCAAUGAGGGAAAAUGUAGUAUGGGAUAUUGGAGGCCCCAAUGGCUCACUCGAUGUGAGGGCCCCUAGAUCAUAGGAAAUCAUCAUUCUGGGGCAGGAGUCUGUCUUAGGAGUAUGGCAGGUGCCUGCCACCCUAAACUUAGGUUUCAAAGUACCAGCAAGAGAGCAGUACAUCCCAAUCCGCUCUGCCCCACUAGCUGUGGCCAAAGCCCACUGCUUCAGAGGAAGGAUCAAGAACAAACAACAAAACACACCCAGUAGCCAAUGCAUUCAGGGGGCAAACGAUCGCUGGUGACCAGCAAAAUCUCUGGAGCACAGAGUGCCAGGCACCUCCUGCACAGAGAGAGCUGCCUCGCCACUCUGACACGGGGACGGCAGCUACUUGACGUGUCCAGACACAGCUGUCCUGCCACAGGUCCCCUCUCGCUGACUUGGCAAGCACUAUCUGGGAGUGAUUUGGGUUUUUUAACCCCCACCACUCUGCUCAGACCAUCCCAAAUCUUUGCUCUCCUAAGAGCUAGAAAUCCAAGAGAGAUCCAAGGAAGAGGACCAUGCUUCAGCGACCAAGGAAAGCAAAGCCCGUCAUGCCUGUGACCGUGGGGUACAAUUCUUUCAGAUCCCAAUGGUGUCAGCUAGUCUGACUCGGAGUGGAGGGGCGGACGCUCAUGCCAAGCUGUGGUAAUCAACUCCAUCGGUCUGCAAGUGCCAGCACCUGCCUGGGUGCCCGUGCCCCAGCAGCUCCUGGCUCCACCUGGCUGGCAGGUCAUUUACACAUUGAUUCUGCUGCUGCUGCUGGAGAUAUAAAGUGGGUGAGCCUGGAGGGCCCCGCACUCAGGGACUGGCAUCACUGGGUUCACAUCCCCCAGCAGCGUGGCCCGGCUCCCAUUCCCUCCUCCUUGCUGUGGAGAAUCUGCCCCUGCUUCAUCCUGCACUUGAACAUGGAGAAGCUGCUGCUUUGGCUCCUUGUCCUUGCUGGCCUCUCGGGGAUUGUUGCCCAGCAAGAUCUCUUUGGCCAGGUGUUUGUCUUCCCUAGAACAUCUGCAACUGCCCACGUCCUCCUGGGAACCAAGAACAAGCAGCCACUGCAGAGCUUCACCAUCUGCCUGCGAUACUUCUCUGACCUGACCCGGAACUACACCCUCUUCUCCUACGCCAGCAAGGUCCAUGACAAUGAGAUCCUCCUCUUCAGAGCUUACCCUGGGACAUACACACUCUCUGUGGCCAUGGACUUUGUGACCUACAAUUGCCAGGAGAAAGAGAGCCCUGAGUGGGUCCACAUCUGCGCCAGUUGGGAGUCCGCCACGGGCAUUGCCGAGCUGUGGGUGGAUGGGAAGCCCCUGCCCCGCAAAGGGCUGCAGAAGGACUACUCUGUGAAGGCUGAGGCCUCAAUCCUUCUGGGGCAGGAUCAGGACACCUAUGCGGGUGAGUUCGACGAGAUGCAGUCCUUUGUAGGGGAAAUCACUGACCUGCACAUGUGGGACCGUAUUCUCACCCCAGCUGAAAUUCGACUGGUCAGGAACAACGAGGCUCUGCCUCCGCAUGCCAUUGAUUGGAGAAACCUGGCCUAUGAAAUCAAGCAUUAUGUAGUGCUUAAACCCAGUCUGUCCUCAAUGUACCGUGUCCUCCGAGCUGCACAGAAUGGGAAACUGUGA